CGGCGGCCUGCCCGAGCGCCGCGGCCCCUUUGUGCGUCGGCCGGUGGCGCCGGAGAUCGAGUCCCCGCCCCGCCCGCGGGGCGCUCGGCUCCCGGGCUCCGCGAACCGUGGGGAGCGAAGUGCCGACCCUCGAGGAGAACGCGCUCUGUUUUCUCUGGACACUGCCCUUCUCCCAGAGAGGAGCUGGAAGGAGGAGGACAGAAGAGCUGUCUUAAAUUCUUAAAGCCAUGUCCGAGGAUUUGGUGACAUUUGGGGAUGUGGCUGUAGAUUUCUCUCAAGAGGAGUGGGAAUGGCUGAACCCUGCUCAGAGGAAUUUGUACAGGAAAGUGAUGUUGGAGAACUAUAGGAGCCUGGUAUCACUGGCAGGAGUUUCAGUUUCUAAGCCAGAUGUGAUCUCAUUAUUGGAGCAAGGAAAAGAGCCCUGGAUGGUGAAGAAGGAGGGGACAAGAGGAGCAUGCCCUGAUAAUUGCACUUUCUACAAAUUGAAGGUUUGUGGCAACCCUGCAUUGCUAGAUGAUGAUUGGGAGUAUGCAUUUAAAAGCAAUGAAUUUUCAUCAAAGCAAGUUAUUUAUGAAGAAUCAUCCAAAGUAAUGACAAUGGGAAGAAGCCAUCUUAGUUAUAACCUUGACUGCUCCAGUUUGAGAGAAGACUCUAAAAGUGAGGACUGGUUUAAGAACCUCUUGCGAAGUCAGGAGGUACAUUCCAGUCAAUUGAUUGUCAAUCAUAAAGAAAUUCUGACUAAGGAUCAAAGUAAUGAAUAUACUAAAUCUUGGCAAACUUUCCAUCAGGAUGCAAUCUUUGAUGUAAAGCAGAGUUUUCCCACCAAAGAAAGAAUACAUAAGCAUGAGCCACAAAAGAGAAGCUACAGGAAAAAAUCUGUUGAUAUGAAACGUAAGAAAGUCUAUGUAGAAAAGAAACUUUUGAAAUGUAAUGAAUGUGAGAAGGUUUUCAACCAGAGCUCAUCUCUUACUCUUCAUCAGAGAAUUCACACUGGAGAGAAACCCUAUGCAUGUGUUGAAUGUGGGAAAACCUUCAGCCAGAGUGCAAACCUAGCUCAACAUAAGAGAAUACAUACUGGAGAGAAACCCUAUGAAUGUAAAGAAUGUAGGAAAGCCUUCAGCCAGAAUGCCCACCUUGCUCAACAUCAGAGAGUUCAUACUGGAGAGAAACCAUAUCAGUGUAAAGAAUGUAAAAAAGCCUUCAGCCAGAUUGCACACCUGACUCAACAUCAGAGAGUUCAUACCGGAGAAAGACCUUUUGAAUGUAUUGAAUGUGGAAAGGCCUUUAGUAAUGGCUCAUUUCUUGCUCAACAUCAGAGAAUUCAUACAGGAGAGAAACCUUAUGUAUGUCAUGUGUGUGGGAAAGCCUUUAGCCAUCGUGGAUACCUAAUUGUACAUCAGAGAAUUCAUACUGGAGAGAGACCCUAUGAAUGUAAGGAAUGUAGGAAAACCUUUAGCCAGUAUGCACACCUUGCUCAACAUCAGAGAGUUCAUACUGGAGAAAAACCUUACGAAUGUAAAGUAUGUAGGAAAGCCUUCAGCCAGAUUGCAUACCUUGAUCAACAUCAGAGGGUUCAUACUGGUGAGAAACCCUAUGAAUGUAUUGAAUGUGGGAAGGCCUUUAGCAAUAGUUCAUCACUUGCACAACAUCAGAGAAGUCAUACCGGAGAGAAACCUUAUAUGUGUAAGGAAUGCAGGAAAACAUUUAGCCAGAAUGCAGGCCUUGCUCAACAUCAGCGAAUUCAUACUGGAGAGAAACCUUAUGAAUGUAAUAUUUGUGGGAAAGCCUUUAGCUAUAGUGGAUCUCUUACUCUACAUCAAAGAAUUCAUACUGGAGAAAGACCCUAUGAAUGUAAGGAUUGCAGGAAAUCUUUCAGGCAGCGGGCACACCUUGCUCAUCAUGAGAGAAUUCACACUAUGGAGUCAUUAUUGACUCUUUCCUCUCCCUCACCCUCCAUGUCCAGUCAAUUGCCAAGACCUGUAGGUUUUAUCUCCUAAAUAUGCCUUGAAUCUGACUCCUUUGUUUCCAUUCUGUCAUCUUUGUCCAAUACACAAUAAUCUAUUUGACAUGGACUAUGGAAAUAGCUUUCUAAUUGAUCUCCAUUAGAGAGAUUUAGAGGUAUUUACUAUUUCUUGCUAGCAGUCCAUAUUGCAGUCAAACUUAUACUUAAAAAGUUUGAUCAUAUCACUUCUCCCUCAUUAAAACCCUUCAUUGGCAUCCCAUAGGUCAAGGCACACACUCCUCAAAACAGCCUAAAAGACCCCCAUACCUUGUUCCAGUCUGCAUUUCAGAGUCCCAUGUCAAUAUCCAUCUCAUUCUUCGGCUACUUAUCAAAAUUAAGAACUUAUAUUGUAGCAUCAAAUAGAUCUGGGUUCCAGUUCUUACUCUUCUAUUUUCUAGCCCUCAAGUUUUGAAGAAACAUUUUGUCCCUUGUAAGCUUCAGUCUUUUUAUUUAUAUUAUGGAAAUAAUAAUGGUACUACCUCAAGUUAAUGGGAGUAUUAAAUGAGAUAAUGCAUGUAAAUUGCUCAGCAGAGUGCCUAGCAUAAUCACUCAAUAAACAUUAAUGUAAAAUAAAGAUACUGUGUCUACAGGAAAGACCUGAUCAUCUCAGCAGUAGUUAUCUACGAAAUAACAAAGCAGCUCAAGACCCAAGAGAUUGUAAAGAUUUUUGAUUAGGAACAGUAGUCACUGUUCUACAGGUGGGUGAUAGGGGUAUCCAACAGCAGAGUUUAUGUUGGAGUCCAUGAUGGUAGAGUAAGAUGGCUUCUGUUUCAGCAUGAAUAUAUAGGGAUAUGAUUUUGUUGAUAAGAAAAACUAACUUCAUUAUAUAUUCAACAGUUUUAGGAAGCCAGGUGUUAAAAAUCACUUGUAAAAGUAAAAUUUACUGAGAU